AUGCAAUUCAGCACAUUAUCAGCCCUUGCGGCAAUUGUACUCCCAAUUUUAGUAUCGGCACAAUUGACUGGUACAGUCGGUCCCUUGACCUCGAGAGAAUCUAAGGCCACAAAAGUGUGUAGCGUUCUGGAUUAUGGUGGUGUAGCAAGCAAGACUUCAGAUAUUGGCCCGGCGCUUGCAUCUGCCUUUGCAGCUUGCAAAACUGGUGGAACAGUUUACGUUCCUCCUGGAGAUUAUGGUAUGACUACCUGGAUUACACUCAGCGGGGGCUCAGCAUGGGCACUUCAGCUUGACGGUAUCAUCUAUCGUGUUGACGGAGGUGGUGGAAAUAUGAUCAUGAUCAAACACACCACCGAUUUCGAGAUGUUCAGUAGUACCUCUGCAGGUGCUAUUCAAGGUAAUGGUUAUGAAUAUCACAAAUCCUCGACUUAUGGUCCUCGUCUCCUCCGAUUCUUCGACGCUACCAACUUCUCUAUUCACGACAUUGCCUUAGUCGAUUCCCCUGCAUUCCACUUCACACUUGAUACUUGCACGAGCGGAGAAAUUUACAACCUAAUUAUUCGUGGUGGUAAUGAGGGAGGUCUUGAUGGCAUCGAUGUCUGGGGAACUAACCUCUGGAUUCACGAUAUCGAAGUUACUAACAAGGAUGAGUGUGUUACUGUCAAGAAUCCUUCCGAUCAUCUUCUCAUCGAAGACAUCUACUGCAACAGCUCAGGAGGUUGUGGCAUGGGUUCCCUUGGAGCUGACACCGCCAUCUCCAACAUUAUCUACAAUAAUGUCUAUACUUACGGAUCCAACCAAAUGUAUAUGAUCAAAUCAAACGGUGGUAGCGGAACUGUCUCUGACUGUCAAUUCAACAACUUCAUCGGUCGCUCCAACGCCUACAGUUUGGAUAUCAACGCAGCCUGGACUCAAGCAUCCGCAGGCGCUGGUGAUGGAGUCAUCUACGAGAACCUAUCCUUCAACAACUGGAAGGGGACCGCCACCAGCGGCACCCAACGUGGACCCAUCAACAUCCUCUGCAAAUCCACCGCUCCAUGCACCAACAUCACCAUCACCGAUUUCGCCAUCGGCACUGAAUCCGGCAGCACCGAGAAAUAUGUCUGCCAGAAUGCGUACGGCUCCGGGGGAUGUCUAAAGGACGACACCGACUCCCCAUCUGCAUUCACAACAACCAUGUCUCUCUCCGCCGUCCCAACCGGUUACAAAGCUUCAACCAUGGCUCAAGAUUUAGCAACUCCUUUCGCCUUGACUGCAAGUAUCCCUAUCCCAACAAUUCCAACCUCUUUCUUCCCAGGUAGAACUCCUGUAUCCGCACUCAUGGCCAAUGGAGGUGGAUCCAGUUCGUCGGUUUCUGCUUCUCACGUAGCUAUCACCACUUCAUCUACAGCUGCCGCUUCCUCUUCAAAAGUCGCAGUAGCCACUUCAGCCACUUCAACCGCAAUCGCUCCGUCCUCAAAGGUCACUGCCACUUCAAGCGUCAAGGCUUCUUCUUCUUCUUCUUCGUCGGCAGUCGUCGCGUCCAGCAAAAGCACCCUUCUCACCCAAGCUUCCAGCUCUGCUCCAGCUACAUCCGCCGAUGCCUCUUCAACUUCCCACGCAGCCUCUAAGCCAACUGGUUCAAAUGGUGGCGGUAGAGGUGGCAAGGGUAAUGAUAUUUCUUCGACCACUAGCUCUGUUGCUGCUAUUGCAACUGAGUCUGCAGAUGAUGAAUGUGAAGUUUAA